AUGAAAAAGAUUUCAAUCAUUAUUCUUUUAGCAUUGCUAUUGUUGGCAGUUAUCAUUGGCAUUGAAUGUCAACAAAAUCAAGAUCCUUACUCUUAUGACACUUAUGGUUAUGCUCAACAACAAGGAGGACAACAACAACAACCAAGUUCCCAACAAGGUUCUCAAGAUCAACAAGGUUCACAAGACCAACAAGGUUCUCAAGAUCAACAACAAUUCGAUCCAAAUCAACAAGGUCAAGUUGAUCCUAACCAACAACAACAACAAGAAAUGUUCGAACAAAUGAGCUAUGGUUACAGAAGACCUUAUAAUUAUAGACCAUACUACAGACCAUACUAUAGACCUUAUUAUAGACCUUAUUAUAGACCAUACUACAGACCAUAUUAUAGACCAUAUUAUAGACCAUAUCAUAGACCAUAUCAUAGACCAUACAAUUACAAUCAAUAUGGAAGUCAUGGUGGAAAUUAUGGAAAAUAUUAA